AUGGAUAUUACACAGGAAACGGAUAUUAAACAGCAAAUUAUCAAGUUAGACUAUAGCAAUUUGAAUCACACAGGUCCCCUAAUAUUAAAGUUCAGCAACUUGAAAGAAUUAGAUUGUUCCAAUAGUAAUUUAACCUACUUGGAUGUAAGUGGUUGCCCAAAACUUGCUUACCUUAAUGCUAAUCACAAUCGACUCUGUAGAAUAUCUGUGAAUAGUGAAAGUCUAGAAUAUUUAAAUUUGCUUGACAAUAACUUUCCUGAACAAGAUUUAACUUUCUUUAGCGGAUUUGUUAACUUGAAAGAGCUGCAUAUUGGAAACAUUGAUGAUAGGGAGGGUGAUGUUUAUAAUCGUUUUCAUGGUAGUUUAGAACCUUUAAAAGGAUUAACUAAAUUGGAAAGUUUAAAUAUCAAUAAUACUGAUAUUGACUCUGGAUUGGAAUAUUUACCAAAUAGUGUUAAAAUUUUACAAUGUUUGGCGGAAAGACCGAAUGCCAAAGUUAAAAAUUUAUAUAUGCAACUUGAAAACUUUGUUACUGAUGCUAAGGAUGUAUAUCAGGGUAAAUAUAAUUUAAAAGUGUGGAAAAGAAACUGGAAUUUGGAGACGGAAAAGGAAAAUCUCCAAAAGCAAAUCACUUCUUACCAGAGUCAAAUGGAAGAGCUAGCAUCAGAUGAAAAAGAAUACUUAACGUUUCAACAGGAAGAAUUGGAAAAUGAAAAAAAUGAUCUUCUUGCUAGGCAAGAAGAGUUAAGGUUGGAAAAAUCUCGGCUCGAACAAGAAGUAAGAAAUUUGACUCAACAAGUCGAAACGUUAACGGUCGACUUGGAACGAAUGAAUGCCAUUUAUCAGGAAAGAGAGAAAGGAAUCAACGAAAUGGAAAGUAAGUUAAAAUCCUUCAAGUCCGUACAAGAAAUGGAUAAAGUAAGGUUACUGGAACAAAUAAAAGCUCUAAAAGACGAUUUAACUGUCAAAGGAAAGGAAAAAAUGAACAAAGUAAACGAAAUAAAUAAGAAUAACUUUAAACUGAAAAAUAAAAAAGAAGAGAUUGAGGAAUUAGAAGGCAAGCUAAAUGAAAUUAAAAUAAAAAUGGUCGCUCUUAAUGCCAAAAAAGAAGAGUCAAACCAACUUAGAAAAGAUUUGAAUAAUAAAGUAAUCGGAAGCAAAUGUAGUACUGCUCAUUUGAGAAAGCAAUUAACAAGCUUUAAAAAUGAUAUAGAUUCGAAAAAAAUGGAACUAUCAAGACAACUAGAGGGGAUGAAGAAAUUAAAGAAUAAUCUUAAUAAGGCCAAGAAGGAUUUGGAAAAACUCCAAGAUGAAAAGGAUCAAAUUGAAAAUGAAAUAGAAAGUCAUCGGGAAGAAGAAAAACGUUUUCAAGAAAAUCUUGCUAAUCUUAAUACUCAAUUAGAAGAUAAAGAAGCUCUAAUUAAUAAGCUCCAAGAAGAAAAGCAGCAACAAGUUAAUGAACUAAAAGGACGAUUAGUAACAAUUAAAGAUUUGUUUCCCCAAAUACAAACUAAGGAAAAUGAAUUGAAAGAGUUAAUUGAUACUAUUAAGGAAGAUCUUAGUAGAAAAAGAAAGCCCUUGUUAGAACAACUUUUGGAAGAACAAAAGAAAAGUAUUCAAAAUAAUGGUAAUUCUGAUUCUGAAGAAGUGGAAAAUUAUAAGAAGGAUUUAAAUUCAGAACUAACUGAACAAGAUAUUCUAAAGCUUCUAAGUAAACAUGAAGAAGUCAUCCAGUUGAAGAAACAACUAGAGCAGAAAUUUUAA